AAUGGUUUUGAAUUACAGUCGACUCUGUUUAUAUUGAAAUGCAAGGGACCAAGCUUAAAUGCUAUUCAUAUUCAAAUGUCGAUAUAACCAAUGUUAAAACUGUUAAUCAUUAAAGCACAUAGUUCAAUGUAAGCUACGCCAAUGGCAGGUAUAAUCGUUUUUGAAAACGUUGCGGUGGUGGUGGUAGGGGUUGAAAGUAGGUUUAUCAAAAUAAUAUGACAAGCAAUAAAAAAACGGGGGUUUUUUUUUGGGGUUUUUUUUUUUUUACCUAAUAUUGGUUCACCGUGUAUAAAGAUAAAGUUUGUUUAUUGUGUCUAAUGGUUGUGUAUUUUGUGUUAUGGUUGUUUGUUUUAUUGUUGUUUAUUUCGUGUUGUUGUUGUUUAUUCUGUGCAAUGUUUGUUUAUUGUGUGUAGUGUUUGUUUAUGUUGUGUUAUUGUUGUGUAUUGGGUGUUAUGGUUGUUUAUUGUGUGUAAUGUUUGUUUAUUGUGUGUAAUGUUUGUUUAUGUUGUGAUAUGUUGGUUUAUUUUGUGUUAUUGUUGUUUAUUGUGUGUAAUGUUUGUUUAUUGUGUGUAAUGUUUGUUUAUGUUGUGAUAUGUUGGUUUAUUUUGUGUUAUUGUUGUUUAUGUUGUGUUAUGGUUGUUCAAUUAAUGUAUUAUUUUCUCUUUGAGUGCAUAUUUGUUCCUUGUGUGUAAUUGUUGUGUGUAACGUAGGUUUAUUGAGUGUGAUGUUUGUUUAUUGUGUAUGAUAUUUGCUCAUUGUGAAAGGUGAAGAUAACGAACAGUGAUCAAUCUCAUAACUCCUAUAAACAAUAUAAAAUAGAUAGUUGGACAAACACGGACCCCUGGACACACCAGAGGAGGGGUCAAUGCCUAGGAGAAGGAAGCAUCCCCUGUCGACCGGUCACACCCGCCGUGAGCCCUAUAUCUCAAUCGGGCAAAUGGAGUCGUUUAUUUAUUUUGUGUAAUGUUUGUUUAUUUUAAGUAAAGAUUGUUUAUUUUUUAAUUUGUUUGUUAAUUUUGUGUAAUGUUUGUUUAUUUUCUUGACCAUUUGUUUAUUUUGUUUAUUGUUUGUUUAUUUUGUGUAUCGUUUGUUUAUUUUGUGUAACGUUUGUUUAUUUUCUGUAACGUUUGUUUAUUUUCUGUAAUGUUUGUCUGUUUUGUGUAACGUUUGUUUAUUUUGUGUAAUAUUUCUUUAUUUUAUGUAAAGUUUGUUUGAAUGUAUUUCGUGUUAUGUUUGUUUAUUGUGUGUCAUAUCGUUUAUUUUGUGCUGUGGUUGUUUAUGUUGUGUUGUGGUUGUUCAAUGAGUGUAUUAUUUUCUCUUUAAGUGCAAUGUUUGUUCCUUGAGAGUGGUAUUUGUGUAUAAUGUUUGUUUAUUGAGUGCAAUGCUUGUUCAUUGUGUAUGAGAUUUGUUCAUGGAGAGAAAUAUUUGUUUUCUAUUUGUUAAGUUUAAAGUAAAUUCACCAAACAUUAUAUUUCAAGAAGAUACUGUCUUUCCACAUCGUUUAUCGACGGAUGUUUAGGAUAUGAAUUGAUAAUAAUUCUCGACAUAUUGGUGUAAAGUAAAUAUUUCUUUUGGAAAGAGAAAAUGCAUGUGCAUUAAUCACGGUUACUUUUGAUCACAUCUUUAAAAACUCCUAUGCAAAUGCCAUCCAUCACUUCUUUGAUGAAUGCUAAUUUCCUCAUAAAAAUUAUACAUACAAUAGUGUAUGUGUAUCUUUUUGCUACGUGAGAUAUCAUUACCUAUUUUAAGCGUAGGUUUGCAUAAAAUGAUGAAAGAGGGGGAUCAAGGUCGAGAUGGUGUUCAUGGUAUAUAUUCAGAAGAACACCGGAUAAUGAAGGUACACCGGAACCACUGUCUAAAGCGUUUCACGGAAUCUCAAAAUCAAGGCAAUGUGGCAGAGAUUGGUUCUUUCGCUCACAGCUUUGACCAUAGGCCUGUGUGGGAUUGUGAAAUCUGAUAUAGACGGUAUCUUAAACAAUAUCGCCAUCAGUAAGAGAACACGAAAAUCACCAGCAGACCUGGUAUGGGCAACAGGAAACCAUAUCCAGUCCGAAUCCGCCCACCUUGCAAAUGCGCUUCAGCGGCGUGCUCUCUUGUCCAAGGAAAAUUUGAGAUCUACUCGGUCAAGGUUAUAUAACGAUGAUUCUUUAAAUGCUCAGUAUUUUCAACCAGCAGAAACUGCACAUUUUGAACGUAUUCCUGAAAUAUCAAAAUCUUCACAACAUUUGUCCAUGAGAGCUCAAACAUCGGCUUUAAGAGAGAUUGGUGAUGAUAACUCUUUUGAUCUUUUAAACAAUGAAAUUGAAAAACGAAAUCGACAAGCUCAAUCGCCAUUACCAGCAGAAAUUAGCUUAACCUCACGAAGGGGAUCAAUUGCCGCCAUGCAGUCCACCGAUCAGAUGAUUAAUGGUCAGCACCAAUCACCUAUAGCUAUCCGAAUGCGAACAUUCAGAAGUUCCGAUGAUGACAACUUAUAUCACCGUCAGCGGAUUCGUAUUGAAAAUCCAGAUAAAGCAGCUGAACAGCGGUCUACACUAAGACAUACCCGAUUUCCCUCAUUCGGGGGUUCUGAUGACAACAUUUUAUCUAAUGAACAGGCGAUUAGUUUUGAAAAUUCAAAUAGCUUGCUUCAAGAACAGUCACCCUUAUCUAAAGAUAAGUACUUAAGACAACAGAUGGAAGAUGAUGAUUCUAACUCUUUAAUGGAAGUUAACUCAUUUCAACGAAACAAUCGAAUUUUCCUUGAACAAAAUGGUGCUCGCGAUAGAAAUAUGCGAACCCAUGCAAGAGUCAUUCAUCAUCAAAAUGCACCCUUAUCUCAAAGUGCGAGUGAUGAUGACACUUCCUGGUCUCGAUUGAUUAAUGGUCCGGUCCCUCAAAAUGCAUAUCCUUUAAUGGAAAACGCCAAAAGAGAAAGACACAUAAAUAGGGCAUCGUCAUUUCAGGACUAUGGGGAUGAUACGUCUUUAACAGAACGUUUGGAAAUCCCAGGAUCAUUUCAAUCCCCAGAUCAGAACUACGCAUAUUCGGAACACACAAUGCCCCAACGACAAUUUAUUUCAGACGAUGGAUUAUCUCAGUUUGAGACGUCAGCCCAUCAGUCAUCCUUAGCCUCCGCAAGGUCAAACGAUCUCACCUUUUCAAACUCCCCCGGUAGAGCUUAUUUGAACGACGUUGACCAGAUGUUAAAUGCAAUUGAUAGAAAAAUGAUGACUGCAACACCACCGAGAGUUCGCACAAGUGAUGAUGAUGAAACGUGGUAUUCUUCUCCAGCAUUGCAAGGGAGAGUAGAAAGUACUCCCCUUUCAUAUAAUGAGCAAUAUAUGGAACUCCAGAGAUCAAACAAUCGAAAUGGUAUGCUUCGAAAUGCCCAGAUGUCAGUCAAUGUUGGCAGUGAUGACGAUGGUCACUUCACAGCUAACUCAAUUGCCAGUAGAGUAAUUGAAGACAAUUUCGCUCGUAGAUAUCCUGAUGUUUCACGAAGGGGACGCGAACGACUCGACUUAAUUCAUUAUAAUCGACCUAUCCUUGGUAGCACAUUUCCUGAUGUCAGUAGGGCAAACAGUGUCAUCCGAGUUGCUUCCAGCGGAUUCGACGACGAUAUGGUACAAGUAUCUCCUUUGUCGAAAUCAGUGAUCCGUGAAGGACAGUACAAUCUAGGACAACGUCGUCGAGGUUCACGUAUAUUUCCUAGAGGACAUUUGCUAAUGCCAUUAACCAGAACUACUCGAAGAUCUACGUUGUCUAGAGCUGAACAAAGAGGUCGACCUAGGAGAUAUCGAGGGGUGAGAUAUAGGACCACGAUCGGUCGACGUUUAUCCAGUGGUGGACGUUUAUUACGCGGACGUCAGGGACGCUACACACUUCAGAGAGCAGGUUCACCUAGAAGGAGAACACUGUUCUUCUGAAGGAAAUUAAAACACACCUAUCUCAACUCUUUCAUCAACCAUUACAAGUCGAGUUGGUUGUGUUUUUGUUCGGAAUAGAAUAUUUCUUGUUUGGUGUUGAAUUCUUUUAUUAUUGCUAAAUAUGAAUUUCAUUUGUUGUUCAAUGUUUGAUGACAUUCACUGUUUGACUACCAUCCUUUGAUAAAUGUUGAGUUAGCAAGGGGAGCAUAGGCGUAUUCUCAUAUAUACAGAUACAUGAUAGAAAAGAUAUGGAGAAAUUACAUCAUAUCCAUAUUAAUUCCAAUAAACAAAAUAUACAUUGUGAA